GCAAUGUAUUUUUCCUUUAGGAUCAGAUUGAACCCAGUGAAUCAGCAAGAAUGGCUAAUGGAGUCACCGACACCAUGAAGAAACACAGAGUUUUUUUCUUAUCUCGUGUGUAAGUGGGGGGAAAAGAGCCUCCCAAACUCUGAUCUAGCUCUGGCAAUAUAUGUAUGAACCUCAUCAUCUCUGUGUACAUCCCUGGAAAGUAUACUGAUAAGGUUUAAAAAAGUCACUUGAGUGGUGCUUUCUGACCAAUGGAGAACUAUUUCCAAGCAGAGGCAUACAACCUGGACAAGGUUUUAGAUGAAUUUGAACAGAAUGAAGAUGAGACAGUUUCUCCUGCAUUAUUGGAUAAAAAAUGGAAUCAGCUUCUAGACCCUCAUCUGCUGUCAUUUAGUCCAGAUCUGACCAGUGUGAAUGAAACAGCAAUUCCAAGUGAGUCGCAGCGGACACAGAAGACCUUCUCACGGGCUCGUUGUCCCCUCCUUCCAUCUGUGGAAGGAGGGGACCACUGUCCUAAUGGAAGAGAGAGUGUUUUAAAGCCAGAGACUUCCACCAUGUGCAUUGAAGAUCAGGCUUCUGUAGACAAGCAGCUGAUGAAGAGCAGCAGUCAUUGGGAUGAUCAGUGUGGUGUCAUGGACAGAGGAGAGGAGAAACUUGGGAAUAGAGACAGUCUCCCUGAAGAUAAAAACAUUCUUGUUGUAGCUGUCAUGCAUAAUUGUGACAAAAGGACUCUGCCAAGUGCUGAUUUACUGGAUUGUCAUGACUACAAUAGCCAUUCGCUGAUGGAUACUAUUAGCUUUACACUGGAUAAUGAAAACAGACAGAGUGAUCCCUUUAGUGUUACUAUCAAUGGGGCCGAUGAAAAAGACAUGAACACAGAGAAACCAGGGGUCCACUUGAACCAGCCGCAUGCCCAGGCUGAUCCCGUUAGCCAAUUAUGUAAUGCUUCACCAGAGAGUCACUCUAAUGUCUGUUCCCUCUCUCAUUUAAAAGAUGAUAUUAAUACAAGUAGAGACCCUCCCGUUUUAGGAACUGCAAGUGGGGGGACCAGUGCAGUGACUUUAGCACAGAGAACAGCUGAAAGUCCUGCUGCUGAUGUGCAGGGGACAUGUAUACCCAUUGAGGCUUCUUCUGGGAAAACCUGCUGCCCCAGGAUAGAUUUAGAAACUACAAAUUGUUUUACUCAUUUGAGGGAGCGGGUUUCAAUGGAAGAGGAACCUCCAGAUGAGAGAACAGCUGGAGAACCCUUGCAGUCUGAGCUCCCUCUGUUCACUGACCCUACCCAGCUGAACGUGUCUGAAACAGGUGAUGGCUGUGAGCAGGUUUCCUGUGGGCUUGCCCCCAGUGAGCCCAAGAGAGAUGAAAGGGAAGAUUGUGAACUCGGACAGACUCUGGACACAGCAGAAUCACUUGGGACAGUGGGGCGCUUUUCAGUGUCAGAGGAUGUGACUCCUAAUGAAAUCAGUAGCAGCCCACCGAGUGGACAGAGUGAAAGACUCCUGCUGAGGAGCCAGCCCACAGAGGCUUGCAGUGACAAUGGGGAGAAUGGGGCAGAGUCAGGGAUCCUUCUAAAAGGAACAUGUAUAGAAGAGCUUGAGGGGUAUGGUUUUCCUGCUGUUCUGGACGUGCCAGGAGCAAAUUCUCUGUCUAAUGGUUGUGAUUCCUAUGGAAUGCUAAACCCAGUUAUUGCUUGUGUUCCAAAGACUUUACCCUCCAAGGAAGAUUCAGUCACAGAGGAAAAGGAAAUUGAGGAAAGUAAAUCAGAAUGUUAUGGAAAUGUUUAUGAGCAAAGAGGAAAUGAGGCCCCAGAAGGGAAUGGGCUUGUCUUAAGCAGCACUAUUGACCAAAUGAAAAAAAACUAUGUUCGUAGUCUUGGUAGUCAGGUCCCAUCCGUUCAGGGGCAGUCGGCCCCUCAAGCAGUAGUUAACGUGCCCCCCGUCAGUGUUCCCUUUGGCGGGGCCAGACCGAAGCAGCCCACCAAUCUCAAGCUGCAGAUUCCAAAGCCAUUGUCAGAACAUUUGCAGAAUGACCUCCUUGCUCAUGGUGGCACUCAUGCUAAAAACAAAAAUGAGGGGUUUGGGAAAGCAAAGUCAGGGGAAAACGCCAAAGCAGCCACAUUCCCUAAUGAGACGCUCAAUUCCUCCAUUGCCGACGCAAACGGGGACCUUGUGGAAGAGGACGAGGCUGUGGUCUCUAGUAGCCCGUGCCUUGCAGUGGCCUCCGAUAGCCCUGAUAACGAUCUCAGAGCCAGUCAGUUUGGUGUUCCUACUAGGAAGCCGUUCACCACUCUGGGCGAGGUGGCUCCUGUGUGGGUCCCAGAUUCUCAGGCUCCGAACUGCAUGAAAUGUGAAGCCAGGUUCACCUUCACCAAGAGGAGGCAUCACUGCAGAGCAUGUGGGAAGGUUUUCUGUGCUGCAUGUUGUAGCCUGAAGUGCAAGUUGCUGUAUAUGGAGAGAAAGGAAGCUCGAGUAUGUGUGAUCUGCCAUUCCGUGCUCAUGAAUGCUCAAGCCUGGGAGAACAUGAUGAGUGCCUCAAGCCAGAGCCCUAACCCUAACAAUCCUGCUGAGUACUGUUCUACUAUCCCUCCCUUGCAGCAAGCUCAGGCCUCAGGAGCCCUGAGCUCUCCACCUCCCACUGUGAUGGUGCCUGUGGGAGUGUUAAAGCACCCCGGAGCAGAAGUGGCUCAGCCCCGAGAGCAAAGGCGAGUGUGGUUUGCCGAUGGGAUCUUGCCCAAUGGGGAAGUUGCUGAUGCGGCCAAAUUAACAGUGAGUGGUCCUUCCUCCACGGGAGCCUUGGCUGUGUCCCAUGACCCAGCCCAGCCAGUGAGCAGCAGCCCACUGGCAGCAGAGACUGGAAGCUCAGUGUGGGUGAGGACUUUGUCUCGAUUAAACCUAGGUUCUUACUAUUCAACAGAUAUUUCUGCCUUCUCGGGUAGUAUAACUCAGGUGGGAAGUCCUGUUGGAAGUGCAAUGAACUUGAUUCCAGAAGAUGGUCUCCCUCCCAUCCUCAUUUCUACUGGGGUCAAAGGAGAUUAUGCUGUGGAGGAGCGCCCUUCCCAGAUCUCCGUAAUGCAGCAGCUGGAGGAUGGCGGCCCUGACCCACUGGUGUUUGUUUUAAAUGCAAAUUUGCUGUCAAUGGUUAAAAUUGUUAAUUAUGUGAACAGGAAGUGCUGGUGUUUCACUACCAAGGGCAUGCAUGCCGUGGGACAGUCCGAGGUGGUGAUCCUUCUUCAGUGUUUGCCUGAUGAGAAAUGUCUGCCCAAGGACAUCUUCAGUCACUUUGUGCAGCUCUAUCGUGAUGCACUGGCAGGGAAUGUCGUCAGCUGUUUGGGACACUCCUUCUUCAGCCAGAGUUUCCUGGGUAGCAAAGAACAUGGUGGAUUCUUGUAUGUCACAUCUACUUACCAGUCAUUGCAGGACCUGGUGCUUCCAACUCCACCAUAUUUAUUUGGGAUCCUUAUCCAGAAGUGGGAAACUCCAUGGGCAAAAGUUUUUCCCAUAAGACUAAUGCUGAGGCUUGGAGCUGAAUAUAGACUUUAUCCAUGCCCUCUGUUUAGUGUCAGAUUUCGGAAGCCAUUGUUUGGAGAGACAGGACACACAAUUAUGAAUCUUCUUGCAGACUUUCGGAAUUACCAGUACACUCUGCCUGUGGUCCAGGGUCUGGUGGUUGACAUGGAAGUGAGGAAAACAAGCAUUAAAAUCCCCAGCAACAGAUACAAUGAGAUGAUGAAGGUCAUGAACAAGUCCAAUGAGCAUGUGCUGGCCGGAGGAGCCUGCUUCAACGAGAAGGCAGACUCCCACCUGGUAUGCGUCCAGAACGACGAUGGCAACUACCAGACUCAGGCUAUCAGCAUCCACAAUCAGCCGCGGAAGGUCACGGGUGCCGGUUUUUUCGUGUUCAGUGGAGCUCUGAAGGCCUCUUCUGGAUACCUUGCGAAGUCCAGCAUCGUAGAAGAUGGAGUCAUGGUCCAGAUAACGGCGGAAAAUAUGGACUCCUUGAGGCAAGCGCUGCGAGAGAUGAAGGACUUCACCAUCACCUGUGGGAAAGUGGACGCCGAGGAGCCUCAGGAGCACAUCCACAUUCAGUGGGUGGAUGAUGACAAAAACUUCAACAAAGGGGUGGUCAGUCCUAUCGAUGGGAAAUCCAUGGAGUCCAUAACCAGUGUGAAGAUAUUCCACGGCUCUGAGUACAAAGCGAAUGGGAAAGUCAUCAGGUGGACAGAGGUGUUCUUCCUGGAAAACGAAGACCAGCACAACGGCCUGAGCGACCCUGCGGAUCACAGCCGGCUGACAGAGCACGUGGCCAAGGCCUUCUGCCUCGCCCUCUGUCCCCACCUGAAGUUGCUCAAGGAAGAUGGAAUGACCCGACUGGGCCUGCGGGUCGCCCUGGACUCGGAACAGGUCGGCUACCAGGCCGGGAGUAAUGGGCAGCCUCUGCCCGCCCAGUACAUGAAGGACUUGGACAGCGCCCUGGUGCCCGUGAUCCACGGGGGUGCCUGUCAGCUCAGCGAGGGGCCCCUGGUCAUGGAGCUCACCUUUUAUAUCCUGGAGAACAUCUCCUAAGAGACUGGUGCCCCACUCAUUUGCACUUUAAAACUGGAAGAGGAAGCUUUUGUUAACACUAAGGGGGGGGGGGGUUGGGGUGGGGGGAGGCGAGUUUCCCACAGUCCUCUUCUUCUCUGCAUCUUCUGAGAAGGGAAGGGCAGCUUCUCGGCUCCACGCAGCUCCCCAUGUCCCUGCAGCUAACCCACUUCUGCUCCUGCUUGGACGAGGGGACCCGGGUCCUGCGCCUCUGUUCAGACUUCUGGGGAGGGGGUGCAGGGGAGCAAAUAAAAGGUGAAACACAAGCCUCUCACUCUUUGUCUGGGGAUGUGCGAGGAGGAAUCGCCGAGAGCCACUGCCUGCCCCCUUGGCCCCACCACGCCGGCGGUGACCCAUCGUUUCUGUGGCCGGAGCAAGUCUUGGACUCUUCCAGCCACACGGAUGCGUGGGAAGGAGGCGUGGACCCCCGCGGCAUCUGCAUGUUGGGAUGCUUGUGAGGGGCCGGGCAAAGGCCGAUGGCGUCACUGACCCAUGUGUGGGACCUGCUCUCUGUACUCCGUGUACCCCGUCCCCAUGCCCGGGCUCCCCUUUGCCCAGCGGGGCAGCUCCCAAUCAGAAUCCCUGCCUGAUCCUCCCCCGAGGCCCAGAAAGAAAUGAAUCUCCUGGAGCGCAGCUGCUGCUUUUGUCGUGUUCUUUAAGCCUAGAGCCUGG